GUGUAUGACCUAAAAAGCAGUCAAACAGGUCCGACCAAACUCCGCGUAAUGUCUCAUACGGAUCUUUGCGCACAGAUGCUGACAGACCCCGAGUUUCCUACGAAUAUUCUGCACGAAUCAUCUGUUUUUCUUAAUUUAAUUUUUUGUUGCUGUUGCGUCAGAGAGGACCUAAAAGAGCAGAUAGUUUAUGACCCAACAAGCUGAAGCUUGAUGAUCCUCAGACAGAAAGGGAAGGCGUGUGAGGGUCGGCAGAAGACGAGGAAGUGAAAUUAAACAGACGGAUCUGGUCUGUGGUGCAUAUAGUCACAGAUGGACGUGUUUUGUUUUUCUUAAUCAAAAGGAUCAGAUAUAAUUUAGGUGUUUCUUAAUCUUUUGUGCGCUAAUCUGUCCGUGUGAUAUGCCGGUGGCACUGUGGCGCGCGGGACUGCUACACUGCCUGUUGUGCGUGUGCGCUUGUCUAGAAUCAGACUGUGUUCUGGGUGUGGUGGGUCGGCCGGUGGCACUGCCCUGCUUUUAUCCUCACUUGCCAAUUUCUCCCAACUUCUCAAUCGAGUGGAGGAAUGAUGACGCUGUGGUGCUUAGAUCAACAUGGGUAAAGGAUGGACAUGUGGAGAUAUGGAGCGUGAACUACGCCACUCUGUCACCUGACGCUGCACUGACUGGAAAUUUCUCUCUAGAACUGCCAGCAGUCCAUCCCAAAAAAGAUGGGGCGUUUUACAGUCUUUUCAUUGUUUCAGGGGAGAAUCAAAGUGCACCGAUGUGCACAGUCUGCCUCAGGAUAGCAGCUAGUUUCAGCAUCCCCCCGGUGAAGAAGGACGACACAGCAGAGGGUGAUGAGACCACCUUCCUGUGCCACUCCAGUGGUGGUCACCCUCAACCUGCAGUUUACUGGCUCAUCAACAACACCAAAGAGCCCCCUGAACGCUCAGCAUCACUCCCAGACUCAAAUCUGUACAACAUCUCCCGUCACCUGACUGCCAACAUUUCCAAAAACGCCGCUGUGAGGUGUACCAUAACAAACCUGUCCACGAAUGAAAUUUUGAUAUCUGCAAGUGGAACAAAUGAUGUGGACAAGGUGAGUCGAGCAUCAGGGGCCAUGUGGCUCUUCAGCACCGCUUUGUGUGUGGUGGUCGCGUUCAUGGUCAUAGCAGCGGUGGCCUACCAGAUCCACCUGGACCGGUUACAUAAGAGGAGGAGCAAGGAAUUCAAACAAACAGAGAGAGGAUACAAGAGACGGCGUCAGUACCAGUUGGAAACAGAGGUCAUGAAUUUGGAGACAAAUGAGACUGAAGUGUAAAAAAACUGUUCCCUUCAUUUAGUUUUGAAUCAAGAGAGCACAGAAAUGUACAUAUAUGUAAAUAUGUAUUUGUAAUUAG